CCCAUCAGACCCUGCGUUUCCACGAAUUUCAUCGGUAGCAGCGAGGUGAUUCGUUGCUGAGAGAUACGUGCAAGCGCCAUGCAGGGUUGCAACCACCAUACAACCCCCCCACCACCCAUCGGGAACAAGGAUUGAGAAUCAUCUGCUGCACGCGAUGCUCUGGUGGUUGGUUUAAGAUAUUAAUUGUUGCGGAAUAUGGAGAACGGUAGACCGCAUGUCCGUUUGACUGCUCCCAUUCUCGCCGAAGCCGGUGCACCGGAUAUUUUCUUCAAAGCCCUGGAUUAAUAUAUGUGAAGCGGGCUAGAUUUGGGGUCCGUUCCACAUUCAAUAUUGGCGCCAGCAAAGCCAAACUCUGCUAGGAGAUCCACUCAUGUUUGGGGAAAACUGCCGACCAGGCCAUUGUCAAGCAGGCAAAUGGGAGGCGAUAGCUUCACCUGAUAACCAAAAAUCGAGUCCAGGCUCCGUCCUCCCCUUGUCUAUCCACCCCUGCUUCUUUGUUUCCAUAUGUACUUAAACUAUCACCAUGGCCCUCCGCCUGACUUCUGGGCCUUUCUCAUUGUUCAUCCAGUGACCCUCCUUCACUCCCUUGACCUUACGUUCAGGUCAUUCACUCUUUGAUCAUUCUUGUCUGCCCGGUCUUUCUGUGACAGGUCUUGGGGCACACAAGCUUCCGCUCUUUUAAAGCUAUAUCUGCUGUAUAUCUGCUCCGUACUCUCUUUAAUAUCUAGCCGAACCCCCUGCGACCAGUAUCUUCGUUUCUAACUUUCUCGAAUCAAUCUUUUGGUGCCUGGAGCACUUUGAAUUAUCACCUUUAUAGACGCAGAUCACAGUCUAGCGACAAUGCGUGCUGCCAAAGUUACACUGUUGGCUGCUCUAGCACAGCUAGCGGCUGCCUCUUAUGAGUUGAUGGAUGACUACAACCCAUCAAAUUUCUUUGACAAGUUUGAGUUCUUCAGUGGGCGUGAUCCCAGCAACGGAUAUGUUGCCUAUCAGGGAAAGGAGGCCGCCCUCUCGAGUAACCUCGCCCAGAAACUAGAGAAUUCUAUCCGUAUUGGAUCCGAUUCCACCGAUAUUGCUACCGGUCCCGGGCGGAGGAGUGUUCGUCUGGAGACGAAAGCGAGAUAUAAGCAUGGCUUGAUCGUUGCAGAUAUCAAGCAUAUGCCCGGUUCGAUUUGUGGUAUCUGGCCUGCAUUCUGGACUGUCGGUAGUCGUUGGCCCGAACAUGGCGAGAUGGAUAUCAUUGAGGGAGUGAAUCGGCAGUCCAUCAACAAAAUGGCCCUUCAUACCACUGCGGGAUGCAAGAUCAACAGCAAUGGAGAUUUCACCGGUGUUGUCGAAACACCUGACUGUGAUGUCAAUUCUCCCAACCAGGCCCCUAAUCAGGGUUGUCUCUUCACGUCCAGCCAGGGGAACAGCUACGGUACAAACUUCAAUAACAGGAACGGCGGUGUGUAUGCCAUGGAAUGGACCAGCGAUGAAAUCACCGUUUGGUUUUUCCCGCGCGGCAACAUUCCCGAUGACGUGAACAGUCAGAACCCUGAUCCGUCGAAAUGGGGUAAGCCCUCGGCACGGUUCUCCGGUGAUUGUGACUUGGAUAGAUUUGUGCAGGAUCAACGAAUCAUUUUCAACACAGCCUUCUGCGGCGAUUGGGCUAAGGGGCUAUGGAAUUCCGACUCUGUCUGCAGAGCAAAGGGGCCAAGCUGCGAGGACUAUGUGAAGAACAACCCCAAGGACUUUGCCGAAGCCUACUGGGAGAUCUAUGGCAUGAAAGUCUACAGCAAGGGUCAAGGUCAGAAGAUAUCCUCGGCUGCAACUUCGCCCACCCAAGCCUCCACCACUCAAGUUUCCACGACACAAAUCUCCUCCGCCCAGAGCGCCAGUGCUAGUGCUUCCGUCAGCGACGGCCCUGACACGAGCAGCAACACUCCGCCCAGCGCCACAGAGAGUGGUAAUGCUUCCUCCAUCGAAUCCCGCAGCACUGACGUUGAACCCACCAAAACCCCAACCGGAACGGAUGGUGGUGCAUCCCUAACAAACGCUCCCUGCAACGGGCCUAACUGCCCGAGCCAAUCUCCCACUACCAGCGGCGGUGUCUCUCCAACCGACAAGAGCGAAUACCCAGCCAAUCCGGGCACGACAGGCGGCAGCCCUCUUCCUACCAACAAGCCCGAAAUUCCAUCUAGCUGCACGCCACGCACUACCUGCGUGACCUACACCAGAAUUGAAACCGUCACCUACAUCAACAAGAAUCCCGCUCCAUUCCAAACUGGCGUCCAGUCUCCAACAAAGGCUAGCGGCGAUGACGAAUCUAUCAUUCCUAUCAGAUGAUGUGGAUUGGAUUUAACAUCGCCAAGGAGAGAUAUCCAGAUGGGAGCUUUGAUCUCUAGGUAUAUUCGAUGCAUAGCGUAGGGACAAUUUAAAUCUGUAUAUGCAUACAUUUCGUGUUUGUGAGAUAAACUUUUGUUUUCAGAGACUUUUUGUACGCGGAGUCAGAGGAAUAUGGUGUUUUCAACCAGAUUUUUUUUCAAUAUAUACCAUGUGUCUAUUAUUUUGAUCGCCGAACCUAUUCCUGUGGCUAUAUUCCCGUAACUAUAUAUCUUCAAUUGAACUGUGACGGACACA